CACACUUUGUUACUGCACGCUACACACUUAUCCUGAGGACACACACACAGACAAAAAGACUGUGCGGUUGUUGAGCGGGAGCGGCAUGGAAUGGAACCUCAGAAGGAUGGACAGUGAACUGAGACAGAUCAACCCAGACCUGCUGCAGCCCAGCAAGAGCAUCAAGAAGCCCUCCUCAGGCACCAUCACUCUCAAUGUGGGGGGCUUUCUCUAUGCUGCACACCGCACCACCCUCAGCCGCCACCAGGGGUCAGUGUUGGAGGAGCUGGCCAGCGGCAGGAAGCCCAUCCAGCACACGGACUCCAUGGGCAACCCCUUCAUCGACCGCGACGGCCCCGUGUUCAGACAUAUCCUCAACUUCCUGCGGACCGGAGACCUGCAGCUGCCCGACGACUUCCGAGAGGUGGGCCUUCUGAGAGGAGAAGCAGAGUUCUACCGCCUCAGCGGAUUGGUGGAGGCCAUUUCAGAGUGGGAGGGGAUGCGGGCGGCGCAACGGGAGCCCGCCUUCCUGGAGGUGACUGACGAGAGGUCGCAGGGCUUCAAGGUGUACUGCAGCGACCCCUCCUUCAUCGACAAGAUCAAAGGGCGCCUGGUUCAGAUCUCAAAGAGCCGGCUGGACGGCUUCCCGGAGGAGUUUGAGGUGUCGUCCAACGUGAUCCAGUUCCGCCACUUCAUCAAGUCGGACCCUGGCUCCAGGCUGGUGUUGAAACAGGACAGUACCUUCCUGUGUACCCUGGAGUGUCUGAAGCUAGAGACGGUGAUGCUGGCCCUGAAGGCUGGCUUCUCUCUAAUCAGCUCUCUGGACAGCAGCAAGGGAUCUGUGGUGGCCGCAGAGGCUCUGCACUUUGUCAAGUAA